UUGGUCAUCAAACUCCUUAUUGUUGACGACUAAGGACAGUUUGAGGGCUUUUGCCGCCGAUCUGAACAUCUUUAUCGUUGUUCAAGAGGAUGCCACCGAAACAAAAAAAUGAGCUUUACAAGGAGAGUGCGAGGAAGAAGGACGUCCGCACGUCGAACAUAGAAGCAGCCAAAGCUGUUGCUGAUGCUGUGCGAACAAGCCUUGGGCCUCGCGGCAUGGACAAAAUGGUGGCGGCUCCAAACGGGGAGGUUAUAAUUACAAAUGACGGCGCUACCAUCCUGCAAAAGAUGACAGUUACGCAACCAGCCGCCAAGAUGCUUGUAGAACUAUCCAAGUCCCAGGAUGUCGUGGCCGGUGAUGGUACGACGUCAGUCGUGGUCAUUUGUGGAGCCCUGCUUAAAAAGUGCCAGGAGCUCUUGGAGAAGGGCGUGCAUCCAACCAUUAUUUCCGACUCGUUCAGCAAGGCUGCAGCAAAGGCCUGUGAGAUAUUGGAGUCAAUUGCCAUCCCGGUGAACAUGGAGGAUCGGGAGGCGCUUAUCCGGGCAGCAAAUACGUCCCUGUCCUCCAAGGUGGUGUCCCAGUACUCGUCGCUGCUGUCGCCCAUGGCGGUGGACGCAGUGCUGCGGGUCAUGGACCCCGCCCGACCCAACAUGCUGGACUUGCGGGACAUUAAGGUGGUGUCUAAGGUCGGGGGAACCAUCGACGACUCGGAGAUGGUGGACGGUUUGGUGUUUGACCAAAAGGCUGCCAAGUCGGCCGGCGGUCCGACCCGAAUGGAGGACGCCAAGAUUGGCUUGAUCCAGUUCCAGAUCUCGCCACCCAAGACGGAUAUUGAGAACAACGUCAUUGUGUCGGACUAUAACCAGAUGGACCGGGUAUACAAGGAGGAACGCAACUACAUCCUAUCUGUGGUCAAGAAGAUCAAGGCGUCCGGUUGCAACGUGCUGCUCAUCCAGAAGUCCAUCCUGCGGGAUGCGGUCACGGACCUGUCGCUGCACUACCUGGCCAAGGCCAAGAUCAUGGUGGUGCGCGACAUUGAACGUGAUGAGAUCGAGCUCAUUUCCAAGACGCUGGGCUGCCUGCCCAUUGCCCAUGUGGAUAACAUGAAGCCAGAGAAGCUGGGCGCCGCCAAGCUGGUGGAGGAGGUCGAGGUGGGCAAGGGCCGCGUGGUCAAGAUCACAGGCAUUGAGAACAAGGGCCGCACCGCCACCGUGCUGCUGCGGGGGAGCAACAAGAUGGUACUCGAGGAGGCGGACCGCUCCCUGCACGAUGCGCUGUGUGUCAUCCGCUGUCUGGUCAACAAGCGCUUCCUCAUUGCUGGAGGUUCCUCCCCCGAGGUGCAGAUGUCCAUGCAGCUCGCGCACUGGAGCAAGACGCUACAGGGCAUGGAGGCCUUUUGUGUGCGCGCAUUCGCGGAGGCGCUCGAGGUGGUGCCGUACACCCUUGCGGAGAACGCCGGCCUCAACCCGAUUAACAUCGUUACGGAGUUGCGGCGGAUGCACGCGGCCGGGCAGAAAUACGCGGGCAUCAAUGUGAAGAAGGGCACCAUCACCGAUAUGUUGGAGGAGAAUGUGGUCCAGCCACUGCUGGUGACCACUAGUGCCGUCACGCUCGCGACGGAAUGCGUGCGGAUGAUCCUCAAGAUUGACGACAUUGUCCCCACACGGUAA